UUUAUGGCAACCGUGGACAUCGUGUUUCAAAUAUGAGCGAUUUUGGGCACAUCGAUAUGUUGGCCACAGAUUCCUCCCAAGUAAAAAGAGAUUCUGGUUUUAGUGAAUUAUUGCGAUCAGCGGAACAACUGUCCGCUGCCGUAGAAGGCAAUGAAGAACUUCCACAAGUUGAAAGAAAUCUUCGUCAAAUUUUAGAGGCCUCCAACGAACUUUGGUCUCGUGUCACACAAACCGGCACCCAAGAUAAUCAAGUUCAAGCGCAUCUCUUGCUUGGAUCUCGUGGUGUUGAUUUGCCUCAAAUAUCACAGAAGUUAAGUUCGCUUAGUGCAAGACGCACAUUCGAACCCUUAGAUCCAAUUGCGGAUACAGAUAUAGUCAGUUAUCUUAGAAAUGAAAAGGAAAAUGCUAUUUUAUCCAUCAUCGAACAAGUUCAUAAAGAUACAUUUGAACUUACCAGAAUUCAACAAAUGGAACAUAUGUUGGGAGAAUGGAAACAAAUGCGAUAUGAGAUAAUAAAUAGUAUGACAGGACCAUCUGGGGAUCUAGUAAAUUUGAAUGGAACUCCUCAGCGUACUAAGUUGGCUGGAUCAAUGGUCAGUGGUCUAUCUAGCGUGGAAAUAGCUUAUGUUAAAGAGCUACAAAAUUACAAUGAUCAUGUACUUCGAGAAAUAACUAGGCCAAAUUUAUUUAGUUCAUUUGGUAAAGCUGCUGAGUCAUUUAAUGAUAAGAAAAUUGAGGAUAUGUGGGAAAUGGUCCAGUAUAUGGUAAAUAUUACACCAAUUCCUAGAGAAGAUCGAAUUAAAUCCAGGAGUACUUCUAUGAUUGAGACAGAAAUUGUAAUGCAAGCCAAAAAAUAUUUGGAAAACAGAUACAGGGACUUUAUGAAUUCUGUUAUUAGUGAAAACUUGGCACGAGCAAAGAGGGGUGGCAUUCCAGGCACUCUGCCAUUAGUUAAAAGUUUUGUAAGCGUCAAAGUACAAAAUUUUAGAGAUUUAGAAGAUGUUACAGUUGAUGGCAAACCAUUGUGGGCUUUAGUCUAUUAUUGUAUGAGAGUUGGUAGUUACACAUCAGCAUUGCAGUGCCUUAAUCAGUGCAAUACAGAAUUUCCAGAGUUUAAAGCUGCAUUAGAAGAAGCUUGCAAAGAUCUUCAUGGACAUCCUAGCAGCUAUGCAGAAUCAAAUUUGAAACUGCAGUACAGAAAACAUGUUAGAUCAGUUACAGACCCAUAUAAAAGAGUGGCAUAUUGUGCAUUAGUUCCUUGCGAACCUGAUGAUUUGCAUUCCGAAGUAAUUUGUACGGCCGAUGAUUAUUUAUGGCUAAAAUUAUGUCAAGUGAGAGACCAACCAGAUUCAGAAAACAAGUUAACUUUAGAUUAUUUACAAACUACAAUAUCAGAGAUAUAUGGGGAAUCUUAUUAUCACGCGCAUGAACAGCCAUUUGUAUAUUUUUCAAUGCUAUUUUUAACUGGUCAGUUCGAGGCUGCAAUUGAAUUUUUGGCAAGAGGCGCAGGAGCAAAGCAUUUGCCACAUGCAGUCCAUUUAGCUGCUGCUAUGCACGAACAUAAUUUUCUAGGAGUUAGUCAAAGCGUUUUAGCGCCUCUGCUGAGCGUUGAUCCUGCUGAUAAACCACCUGCUAAAAGAUUAAACUUUGCCAGAUUAAUAUUGUUAUAUGUUAAGAGAUUCGAUUCUACAGAUCCAAAAGAAUGUUUGCAUUAUUUAUUCUUAUUAAGGAGUAUGAAAGAUCCAUAUGAUCGCAACAUGUUUGCUGUAUCGGCCGCAGAAAUGGUGGUCGACGCUUCUCCAGCUAAUAAAGUUCAGUUAGUUGGAAAGAUAGAUAAAAACCGUUGGGUUCCUGGAAUUUUAGACCAAUUUCAAAUUGAUACAGAAGAUGUAGUUAAUAUUAGUGCAGAUACAUUAUACAGGAAAGGUCUCCUAGAAGACGCUGUAACGAUGUAUGAUCUCGCUGGUAAUCACGAGAGGGUUCUUAGUUUAAUGUGCAUCCUUUUGGCACAAGUUGUUAGUCAAAGAGAUUCACCUGGGUCGUUGAGAUCUCGACUGCAAACUACAGCGAACGAACUAAGUACAAGGUAUCAAGGUGUCGAAUUACGAGCAUCAUCCGAAUUAAUAUCCGCAUUUCACACUUUAAAACAUCUAAUGGCGUUCUUCGAUCAAUUCCACAAUGAACAGUAUCAGAGUGCUCUUAGGACUAUUGCGGAAUCUGAGCUGUUACCGUUACAUGUAAAAGAAGUCGACGAAAGAGUGAAUGCUUUGCGUCGCGUGUCACCAGAAGUAGCUGGUACAUUAGCGGACGUUCUUCUGGCAACCAUGACGAUACUUUAUCGUCAGUAUCAAAAGUUGCGAUCGAUGGAACCAGGAGACGAAGAAGCAAGGAAGCAACAACUUCUCGAUCUUCGUGAACAGGCACGCGCGUUGACGAGUUUCGCAGGAACGCUUCCGUAUCGCAUGCCAAACGAAACAAACAGUAAACUUGUUCAAAUGGAAAUUCUUAUGUGUUAAGCAUUAUAUUCAUAGUGUUUCUUAUCAAUUUAUUUUAGACAUGGAACUUUAAAUAAUACAUUGGGCGUGUUUGUGCAAGUACUGAAUUCGCGAGAUACAAAACCGAUCAUUGUCUUAUUUCUUCAAUGUCUAGAGUAUUAUCGAUAUAGUGUAUAUAUUUUUUGUACUUCCGUAACUUAAACGCAAAUUAAAUUGUAAACAUAAUAAACGUAUUGUCUUCUAACAGUUACUGUUGAACAUUAUAAACGUCAAUAAUAAAUAUAUAAUUUAUUCCUUAGA